GCUAAUUCCAGAGAGAAUAAAACUGAUUCCUACAAAUUACGUUGAAAAGGGAAAACUGAAAAUGAACAAUCAAGGUUAUACUGAGAAACAAUGGACAUUCAAAGAUGGUGAGAGAACCAUUGAUAUGGUAAUUGUUUGGGAUGAAUCCAGCCACAAAGCUCAUUCUAAAAGAGCUUCUGAUAAGAGAACAAUUUUUGAGACCAACUUAAGAGAGGAAGGCUUAGAAUUGGAGCACGAGACAGUCCCUGACUCUGGAUUACAUUUUAUAAAAAUCCACGCUCCGAUGGAAACUCUUCAGCGCUACGCGGAGAUCUUGAAGAUGCAAAUGCCUGUGAAAAAUCUAUAUAUCACAACAGAUGGACAGAAUACUCGAUCUACAGUUAAAUCUUGCUGCAGAAUCUUAUGUCCGUUCUUGAGUUGCUGUGAAUUAAACCCUGAAGUCUUCCCAGACUGUGGGAAAUCGGUGACUGCCUCUUACUCGCGAGCCAGAGAUUUUUUAUUUGAUGUGGGAUCUCCUGGCUUUUUCACAUCAGCACAGAAAUCCAGGAUUGUUCAGUUCAUUUUGGAAAGAACACUUUACACAAAAAAAGGCAAGAUAAAUGUCUUUGAGUUUGGAAUCAAUAGGCUGGUGCUGCAUGGAGUAUACACCGCAUCGUACCCACUACAUGAUGGUGAUCUAGAGACGCCGGGUAGUUUGCGCUACAGGUUUUACCACUACUGGGCAUCUUUCAAGAACUGGUACAAGAAACAACCAGCUGACCAUAUCAGGCAAUAUUUUGGAGUCAAGACUGCGUUGUAUUUCCUCUGGCUGGGGUACUACACUAAAAUGCUGAUUCCAGCAUCUAUUGUCGCUGUUGUUUGCUUCGUUACGUCAAUUUUACUAUUACCCUCUGCUGUAACGAUAGAUGAGGUUUGUGAUGGAGCAAUAAAAGACGUCAUGUGUCCGCUGUGUGACAGAUACUGCAAAUUUGUGAACAUUUCAGACACUUGCUUGCAAACAGAAAUACUCUACAUCUUCGACAAUUCUACUACUGUAGUUUUUGCUGUAUUUAUUUCUUUUUGGGCUGCAAUCUUUCUUGAAUGCUGGAAGAGAUACUCAGCGGAAAUAACCCUCCGCUGGGAUCUGACAUCUCUUGACGACAGAGAUGAAAACCCUCGUCCAGAAUAUGCCGCAAGGCUGUCCAAACUAGCUGCAGAUAAAAAAGUCAGCCAUAAGCUGAAUUUUAUUACAAACGCUAGUGAGCCCAAUUUGAGCUUUUGGAUGAUAUUCCCAGGAAAAGUGAUAAGCAUCACUACAGUGCUAUUGCUGGUUUCACUGGCUGUAGCAGCUGUUAUCGGUGUUACUCUGUACCACAUGAUUGCGUUGACUGCUCUACCUCUCGGCAUCAUCUCAUCCAUAUCUGCUACUUGCCUCAAUCUCAUCUGCAUUUUGAUGUUCAGUCCCAUCUACAGCAAACUGUCACUGUUUCUGACUGAAAUGGAAAUGCCACGCACACAGAGGGAAUUUGACAGUUCUCUGACUCUAAAAAUGUACAUGUUGGAAUUUAUAAACCACUACUCGUCCAUAUUCUACAUCGCCUUCUUCAAAGGGAAAUUCGCUGGUCAUCCUUCUGGUUAUUUUAGGGUUUUUGGAUUUAGACAGCUAGAGUGUGGUGCAGGAGGCUGUAUGCUAGAACUGUCACAGCAGCUGGCUGUGAUAAUGAUCGGCAAACGAGCUUUCCGUACACUCAGUCAAAUAUUACGACCAAUCAUCACCCUGUUUUGGCGGAAGAGAUUCAGUAGUUUCCGAAGGUCCUGGGACGACCGAGAGAUAAGUCAGUGGGAGAAGGAUUUCCUAUUGACUGACGGAGGACCCAGGACUCUGUUCCCCGAGUACCUGGACAUGGUUCUUCAGUACGGAUUCGUCACAAUUUUUGUGUCAGCUUUCCCCCUGGCUCCAUUGUUUGCGUUGAUUAACAAUAUUCUUGAAAUCAGAAUCGACUCGCAAAAACUUCUCAUCUAUCAUCGGCGUCCGACGCUGAGACGCACCAAGGACAUUGGAAUUUGGUUUGACAUCUUAAAGUAUAUUUCCCACUUGGCUGUUUUUACAAAUGGGUUUAUCAUUGCAUUCACAUCCAACUUUAUUCCGAGGAUGGUCUACAGGGUUGCUGUAAGCCAGGACUACGGAACGGCGGGGUUUCUGAACCGUUCCUUGUCCUACAUGGCUUUGCAGGACUUGGAUAUGGUGGGGAAACCUAACACCACUUUGGAGUAUUGCAGGUAUUUUGAUUAUAGAGAGCCUCCGUGGUCUGACAACAAAUAUGAAGAAACAAAGCUAUACUGGAUGGUGCUUGCUGCUCGUCUUACAUUUUUCAUUGUGUUUGAGAAUAUGAUCAUGAUGGCAGUGAUGUUGGUCAAAUGGCUCAUACCAGAUAUUCCUCAGACUGUUAAGUGGCAAAUGAGACGCAAGCAUUAUUUGAUCAAUGAAAUGAUUAUCAGUCAUGAAUCUAAACAGAAAUUCUUUGCUCAAAAUCAAGAAGGAAUGGGACUCCUUUUGGCAAACCCUUUGUACAAACUUAAAGAAUUUUUUGAUCUGAAAGAGGAAUAUCUCAGAAAACAGAAGAGAAGAGAGCACAGUUGAUAAAGAAAGUUGUAAAUGGAAAAAGUGAAUAAUUUAAUUUAGAGUUGAGACUGAACUAUCCCAAAACCAACCGCUACCCUUUUGGGUUUCUAUUGAAAUUUUAUAUUUUUAUUUGACAAAGUUUUAUGAAUCAUUUUAACGUAAUACAAUUUUUCGU